CCUCCUCUGUUUAUAUUUAUCUACGGGAACUGCAGAGCAGGUAAAACUGGCGCGCAGAUCUUUGUGCGAGUAAAGCGUCUUUAUCUCAAUAAAAAUGAGGGAAAUUGUCCACCUUCAAGCUGGCCAAUGCGGCAACCAGAUUGGAGCAAAGUUUUGGGAGGUGAUAAGUGAUGAGCACGGCAUUGAUCCAACUGGGGCAUACCACGGAGACAGCGACUUGCAGUUAGACCGGAUCAAUGUGUAUUACAACGAGGCAUCGGGUGGAAAGUAUGUCCCCCGCGCUGUGCUGGUGGACCUGGAGCCAGGAACUAUGGACUCUGUCCGGUCUGGUCCCUUUGGUCAGGUGUUUAGACCUGAUAAUUUUGUUUUUGGCCAGAGUGGUGCGGGUAAUAACUGGGCUAAAGGCCACUACACUGAAGGAGCUGAGCUGGUGGACUCGGUCCUGGAUGUGGUGAGGAAAGAGUCGGAGAGCUGCGACUGCCUGCAGGGCUUCCAGCUGACUCACUCCCUUGGAGGAGGCACUGGAUCUGGCAUGGGAACGCUUCUAAUCAGCAAGAUCAGAGAGGAGUACCCAGACCGCAUCAUGAACACUUUCAGCGUUGUGCCAUCGCCUAAGGUUUCAGACACUGUGGUGGAGCCCUAUAAUGCCACCCUGUCUGUCCACCAGCUGGUUGAGAACACUGAUGAGACCUACUGCAUUGACAACGAGGCCCUGUAUGACAUCUGCUUCCGUACAUUGAAGCUCACCACACCCACCUACGGUGAUCUGAACCACCUGGUUUCAGCCACCAUGAGUGGCGUAACCACCUGUCUGCGCUUCCCUGGCCAGCUUAACGCCGAUCUGAGGAAACUCGCUGUCAACAUGGUGCCGUUCCCUAGGUUACACUUCUUCAUGCCAGGCUUUGCCCCCCUGACGAGCCGUGGCAGCCAGCAGUACAGGGCGCUGACGGUUCCCGAGCUCACCUUGCAGAUGUUCGACGCCAAAAACAUGAUGGCAGCCUGUGAUCCACGGCAUGGCCGUUACCUCACAGUCGCUGCCAUCUUCCGAGGCCGCAUGUCCAUGAAGGAAGUGGAUGAGCAGAUGCUGAACGUGCAAAACAAAAACAGCAGCUACUUUGUAGAGUGGAUCCCCAACAACGUUAAGACGGCAGUCUGUGACAUCCCGCCACGCGGCCUCAAGAUGGCCGCCACUUUCAUUGGGAACAGCACAGCCAUUCAGGAGCUGUUCAAGCGCAUCUCAGAGCAGUUUACUGCCAUGUUCCGCCGCAAGGCUUUUCUUCACUGGUACACCGGUGAGGGCAUGGACGAGAUGGAGUUCACUGAGGCCGAGAGCAACAUGAACGACCUGGUGUCCGAGUAUCAGCAGUACCAGGAGGCCACCGCUGAGGAGGAGGGAGAGUUUGAAGAAGAGGGUGAAGAAGAACUGGCCUGAACAGCCAUCCUGUUCGUUUUUCCUCCAACUCAACAGUUAAAAUCCGACGAUAAUUUAUAAUUCUAGCCAAUUAAAUUGAUCUUAACAU